UCAACUUUCCUCUACCAUGUCAGGUAGAUUGGAGAAGCUAAAAAGCUUCAGGUGAAUCAAAAUUAAAGAAAUUGAAUGAUUUCAAUUGAUUGUGAAUGAAAAUCUCUUCAAUUUCAUGUUGGUGUUUUUUUCUCGCCUUUUCGACUAAUUAAUAAAACCAGUGAUUCUAUUUCUCGGUGAUUUUGUGAGUUUCUUUCUCCCUGAAGUUCACCUUAUUUGGAUAUUAAUCAAUUCUACAGAAAAAGAAUUUAUUAUAACGGAUUAAACUGGUUUUCCACCAAUACCUUAAUCAUCCUAUCACCAGAUUAAUCACAUUGGUAAAUACAAAUUGUUAAUCUCCAAAUGAUAUCUCAUAAUAAUCGUGAAAAAAAAUCAUCAACAAUCAACGUUAAUUCAAUGAGAUUAAUUUCUCAUUAACGUUUGUUUCUCUAUUCUAGUCGAAAGUUACAACAAUUAACUAAUUGUUCCCCAACCUUGACUCCAGUUAACUAAUGAUAAACAAAAGGAUUUGACCAUUACCCUGUUCUUAGUGUCAUCAACAAUUAACUGUUACAAAUCAUCACCAUCAUUAAGUUAAUCAAUUGAAUUUCAUACCCGCAACUAUUUGGCAAAUAUUAAAUUGUUAUUAUCACAUCAAUAACAACUAAAUCAUCAUAAUAAUUGAAAAGUAACAAUUUAAAUCUCACUCACUCUCAGUGUAUUUGUGUUACCUGUUCAAUUAUUUAUCUAUUAAUCCUUUUGGUCCAAUAAUCAGCUAAUUGUCUUGAAUAAUUAGAUUGACAGUUAAUCAGUGAUGAAUAUGGAUCUAGAACUGCCUGGAGGUGUUAUCACCACCCAUUGUGUAUCCACAGUGAUCAGACCUGGAAGUAAAGUAACUCAUGAUCCACUACAAUUUGUUAAAAUUCAAUCAGCUGAAUUGAGUAAAAAAGCAGUUGAACAGAUUCGUUUAGCUGAAGAAGUGAAAAUAACCAAAGAUAAGAUUAAGGAAGUAGAAGAGGAAUGGCAGAACAAUUUACUUAAUUGGAAAUCGAAGAGGCGACAAUCAAGGACAACUAAUUGCUCGUUAACUGAUACUGAAGGAGAUCAUGAUAAUGAAGAUGAUGUUGGACAUCAUCGUCACCUUUCCCAUCAUCAUCAUCAUCUUUCCCAUCAUUUAUCUCAUCAUCACCUCUCUCACCAUCACAAUGAUGAUGAUGAUAAUACCAAUCGGAAAAUUAAAACCUUCUCAGAGAUAUUGAAUGAAAAAGCUAAAUCAGGCUAUCGAAUUGGUUAUAAUCUUCAUAAAUAUAUUCGAAAUGGUUCUGAAGAUGAUGAUGAGGAAGAAGAAGAAGACGAAGAUGAAGGAUGUAAAAUGAUGGAAGAUGAUGUUACCUCUAGAUUAUCAUCUUCAUCUGAUGAUUCCUCUGAUAAAAAGUCAAUCAAUCAAUCAUCAUCAUCAUCACAAUUAACACCAACAUCUACAAACGAUUCAUAUUCAGGUUCCUUGUUGGUUAAGAGAGGAGUUGAUGGAAACGAUGAUGAUGAUGAUGAUGAUGAUGAAAAUGAUGGAGAUGAUGAAGCAGCUCAUGACAGUGUUGAUGACAGGUCAUCAUCAUCGUCGUCAUCAUCAUCAUCAUCUAAAUUGGUUAACGAGAAGACUAUUAAUUUAAAUGGUUUGAUGGCAAGGAAACCAUUGGAUAAUGAUAAUGAAUUAAUUGACCGACGAAAACAACAACAACAACAAUCAAAUGAAGAUGAUGAUGAUGGACAACAAUUAACUGAUAAAAAAGAGGAGCAGAUUAACCUAAAAAACGAUCACAAUAAUAGUCAUCAUCUUGAUUACCAGAAGCCUGUUAACAAUCAACCUGGAAUAAUGAAAAAAUUAACACUAGCACCAUCACUAUCAUUACCACCUUUACAAUCAAAGUUAAUCAAGCCACCAAUUUGUAAGAUUAACAGUUACAAUGAUUCAGUUAAUCCAGUUAAUACCAAUAGUAACAUGGGUAAAAAAGUUAUAUUAAAAUUUAAGAUCGACAAAGAUAUCAGUCGACAAUCAAGUUUACCGUUAUUAUCUUCAUCAACAACGGCGAUUUCUUCGUGCUCAUCAUCAAAUUAUGAUAGAGAAACAAUUAAUAAACGAUUCUCAUCAUCUGAGAAUGAGAUUAAGGAGAUUAACGUUAAUCAAGAAAAUCAAGAACCUCGAUUAUCUUUUCGUGAUAAAUUGUCAAACUUUGAGAAUCUUUCAAAAGGAGAAGACAUUGGGUCGUCUUCUAAUCAUCCUAAUAAUCAAAAUCUUCAUCAUUCUCAUCUUCAAAAGGUUAGAAAAUCAACAGAAAUAUCAUCAUCAUCAUCAUCAUCUUCUUCUUCAUCUUCAUCUUCAUCUUCAUCAUCUGCAACUUGUGAUAAAGAAACAAUCAAUAAUUGUUCAUCAUCUUCCGAGGCUGAGAUAAUCAAUGAGAUUAAAGUUAAUCAAGAACCUCGAUUAUCAUUUCGUGAUAAAUUGUCAAACUUUGAAAAUCUUGCUAAAGGUGAAGACAUGAUUGGAUUAACUUCAUCAUCAUCUACUACUACUAAUCAUCCUGCUAAUCCAAAUCAUCUUAAUCAUCUUCAACCUCACCUUUCAAAAGACAGGAAACUCACAGAAGUAACUUCAUCAUCCUCAUCUCUAUCAUCGUCAUCAUCAUCUUCCACUCGAAUCUCAGGUCACCAAACACUAACCUCUUCUCUAUCUUCAUCAUCACUUACCAAUCAUCCUCAUCUUCAUGAUGAACAGAUUAAAAAAGAUCAUGAUUCAUCCCCUAAAUUAGGUGAGAAAUCAUGUUCUGAAGCUCAAUUGUUGAUGAAAAAAUCAAAUGAUAAUCUAAAAGGUAAUCAAGAUCAACGAUCAAUGUUAUCAAUCAGUGGUAAAAAAAGAUGCUCUAAUUGUGGUGAUGAAUUAGGUCGAGGAUGUGCUGCCAUGGUUAUUGAAACUCUUUCACUCUAUUAUCAUAUCAACUGUUUCCGUUGCUCUGUUUGCCAUAUACAAUUAGGCAAUGGUACUUGUGGAACUGAUGUAAGAGUCCGAAGUAAUCGAUUACAUUGUCAAAAUUGUUAUUCUAAUGACGAAGUUGGAUUAACUCGUGUUUAAGAUGAUCAACAAUCAACUCUCUCAAAUGGAUUAGGACGAUAAUCAAAUUUGAUGGCAAAUAAAAAAUUACGAUUCUGAUGAUAAUUAAAUCUAAUUGUAGCUUUGGCUAAUUUAUUAAUCACUUUAAUGUUUUCCAUUACUUUAAUCCUCUCUACUACCUUAAUUAUAAUUGCGUUACAAUUUAAAAAAAAAAUUAAAUUUUGUUUCCUUUUUUCCUCCUUACCAAUGUAUUACAAUACACUUUACAAUUACUAUUAUUAACUGUUACAAUCAACAACAAUUAAGCUUUAAGAGAUUUAUCCGCUGUUACAGUUUUCUCAUGAUUUAAUUGUGACCACAACAAAAUCAACAUUUAAAUUGAACAAUUAAGAAAUAAAAAGACAAAAAAUUGACAAAAUUUUACCAACAGAA